AUGGCCAGCCCUAUCUUCCGACCUGAACCCCAUUGAAAACCUCUGGAAUUUGAUCAAGAGGUAGAUUGAUGGUCACAAGCUGUCAAACAAAGCAGAGCUACUUUAUUUGUGUGACAGGAGUAACACAGAGCUCAGAGGGAGGACAAACCCAGCCUUCUGCUCUCCUUCCACACUGAGCCCAAACAGUUGUUACUGGAUUCUGAUUGUGAAAUUGAAGCUCAGGGGGCAUUGGGGGAUUCAGAGAUGACAUCAGUAAAGCUGGAAGACAAAAGUGAAAUGCUGGGACUGAAUGUUACCAUUAAAGAUGAAGAGGAGGAGAAGAAUGUGGUUAUCAUUAAUAAUGGAGAGGGAGAUUUACUCACUCAAGAUGGGAUUCCUGAAGUGGAGACGCUUGGAGGGAAACAACAGGAAGACUACAAGCAUAAGAAGUUUCCCCAUUUAGAAAAAAAUGUAUCAUCGCUUUCACAGUUAAAAAGACACAUUAAUAUACAUACAGAUGAGAAGCCUUUCUGCUGUUCUGACUGUGGGAAGAGAUUCUCUCUAAAACAUGGCCUUAAACGUCACCAGCGAAUACAUACUGGAGAGAAGCCUUACUCCUGUUCUGACUGUGGGCAGUGUUAUACUAGUUCAUCUGGUCUUACUAGUCAUCAGAAAUUGCACACAGGUGAGAAACCUUUCUCCUGUUCUGACUGUGGAAAGAGUUUCUCUCAUUCAUGUAGCCUUAAAUGUCACCAGCGCAUACAUACUGGAGAGAAGCCUUACUCCUGUUCUGACUGUGGGAAGUGUUUCUCUCAUUUAUAUAGCCUUAAAUGUCACCAGCGCAUACAUACUGGAGAGAAGCCUUACUCCUGUUCUGACUGUGGGAAGUGUUAUACUAGUUCAUAUGCUCUUACUAGUCAUCAGAGACUGCACACAGGUGAGAAGCCUUACUCCUGUUUUGACUGUGGGAAGUGUUUCUCUCAUUUAGGUCAUCUUAAACAUCACCAGCGCAUACAUACUGGAGAGAAGCCUUACUCCUGUUCUGACUGUGGGAAGUGUUAUACUAGUUCAUAUGCUCUUACUAGUCAUCAGAGACUGCACACAGGUGAGAAGCCUUUCUCCUGUUUUGACUGUGGGAAGAGUUUCUCUCAUUUAGGUAGCCUUAAACGUCACCAGCGUAUGCAUACUGGACAAUAAUACCGGACAUUUGACACUGGAGCGUAAUUUUGACAUUUGACAAGCUUGACCGAGAGGAUAAGCAAGUGUUUUACAGCAUCAAGCAGUUCAACUGUCUGUUUUUGAAAUUACCACGAAUUAAGAUAUGUCUUGUUAGAAUAUGGGCGUGAGAAACAUAACACAACACAAAGUGCUUAUUUACUUUAACAAAAUACAAUAGAUGGGUUGUGGGUCCCACACAUCCUGUCCAUACCUCCUGAUAGGAGUUUUCCAUGUGACUGUCAGACUAAAUGAAUAGACCCAUGGUAAGUAGGUUGGUACAUAACAUUGUGAGAAAGCCUGUCUUUACCGGAUGAUUCACAUGUAUUUUAGUUCUAUUCUCAGAUUUUGGAGAUGUGCUGGAGGAUAAUAGACAGUAUAAUGGUUUGCUAUGAUCACUGACCACCUCCUAUGUGUCCUGGCAUAACAUACGGUGUUAACUUUGUAAUUAUUGGAGAACAUGUAAGAACUAUGGAAGAUCAACAUCAUGUUUUAAAUAAAGAUUCUCCCCUGACUACUAGUUGCAUUCAUUUUUUUCAUGGAUCAAAAGUGGACUGAAUCUAACCUGAUUGCCCAGGUUACCGCCACCCCGUCACAGGACACUAAAUGUUCAUUGUAAAUUACCUUCAAGAUAGAUGCAAGCCUAUACUCGGAUCAAACCAAGAUCUCAUCAAAAGAUUGAGAGCCCUAUGAUCUGUUAAUUAUGUGCUUAUUGAUCCAGGUCGCAUCAAGAUCACUUUCACAGAU